AUGAACGAAAAUGAUAUUUGGGACGACGAAAUAGAUGACGAAGUUGUAUUACUUGCUAGUCAAGCUUAUGAAAAAGCUCUAAGUGGACAAAACACUAAUGAAUUACCAAAUUAUAGCGUAUGUAUGAACCCACCGUCAACUAGUACACAAAUACAUCCGAAGCCAAAUGCAGCACCCGUUAAUUUACAGAAUAAAGUCCCCAAUUCAAAAGUUACAUCUGCCCAUUCAAGGGAUAAUUACGAAAGAAAUUCCCAUGUACAAAGUUUGUCAAACAAACAUAUAAAUGACAAUAAUCUAAGUGAAAAUGUGAUGUCUAAUAGUUUUUGUAGUGAGCUACCAAAUUACAGUAUAUGUAUGAACCCAUCAUCAACAAGUACACAAAAACAGACAGAGCCGAGCACAUCUCGAAAUUGCUUUCAAUUCAAAAAACCGAGUUCCAACCAAGUAUUCAACUCGGUCUCUACAAAGCUAAAUGAUAAAUGUGAAAAAAUAUCCUCUCCAUUACGAGCCAUGUCCAAAGUUUGCAAAACUGAUAAUGUUAAUAUAAGCGAAGACCUAAUUUUCAACAACGUGAUAUCAAAAGGACAAGAUUCCGAUCAGGUUUACCGACAACUCCUUCAGUUAAAGGAGGAAAAUGAAAAAUUGAAAUCGGAGAAUGGCAAAUUACUCGAGAAAUGUGUUACCAAAGAGGGUGAGGCAUCGAUAUUAAGAACUCAACUAAAAACAUGCCAAAUAGCUGUAGAUAAUGCUAGGAUGGAAAAAACAAAAGCACAGGAAAAAGUGCAAAUGGAUUGGUCGGAGAAAUUAAGUGCGGCAAACAAACAACUUGGGGAACUACGAACACAGUUAGACUUUAAGAAUCUAGAAAUAAUAAGUGUAAAGGAGAAAUGUAAACUAUUAGAAUCUAAUAAAGUGAGGCUCACACAAGUCAAAGCAGGAAAUGAAUUGAUAAGUCAAAGCUACAAUAAUAACAAAAGUGGAGUCAAUGAAUCCCAGUCCAGGAGGAUAAAAAAAAUAUCAAGUGCCGUCCAAACGGAUGACAAAACACAUUUCCUUAAACUCAACAUCAGUUAUACUAAAGAAUACUCAAAACUAUCAGAAAUGCUGCCAUAUAUAGUGGACGAGUCAUGCAAACAGUUCUCAAUAUUAGAAUACAAUGAGAAACUGAUACAGCAGGAUUCAUCGGACAAAUGUCGCAUCUACACUACAUUCCACAGACUACCGAUCACAUCACAAGUUAAGAAAACAAGGAAAAUGUUUAAUUUGAACUGUCUCUAUGAAGAUCUAAGUCAUAUAUCAACAUCGCAGGAACCGGAUUUAAAGAAAUGUCUUCAUGUUGUAAGAACGGCCAGAGAUGUAUUACAAGAAGUUCUUCAAGAUUUAGAGACGAUUCAAGAAAGGAUUACAACAGCUUUUAUUAAAGAUAUGGAUGAAGUUUAUAUGGAGACUACCGGGAACAUAAUAACUAUCACACACAGGGAACUAUUGUGUGGCAAGUCUCUUUACAAAGAGGAGCAAGGUAUCCAAGCGAGGCGGCUCACAGCCGUUCUAGUUUACAUUUUAAAUGAUCCCAAAUACAAAGAAGUUAAGGAUUCAAUAUUGCAGGAUGACAAGACGGUUGAACAAAUAUUUAUUGAGUUAAUGAAUAAAAUAUGUAUCGCUUUGGAUCGUACGUCAACAUCAACUCUAUACAGCGGAUUACUUCUAUCAAUAAUAUUUUUACUUCAAGCAUUCAUAGAAAGGAGCACUCAAACUAUGGACGUAGUAAAGAACAUAAUACUAUCUCGACCAAUGGGCUUCGUUAUAUGCGAGAUAAUAAAACAAAUGGGAUCCUAUAACAGAAAACAUAUUUAUGACAUGUGUGGGGGAAACAGCGGCAAUCUGAAAUUAGACCACGAACAGGGCGUGCUUUUAUAUAGAAGAGAUUCGUGUACAAUGCGGGUAGUACUAGAACAAUUGGAAGUAGCUCUUAGAUGUAUAGAGAGACAGUAUUUAGUGACACAAGCUGUGGAGUGUGGCAGAAGUAUACUCAGAAUAUACAGCAUGUUGAAUAGUUGUGACGAACAAGAUAACGGAUCAAGAUGUGAAUGCAGAAGUGUUUUGAUGCGUGUCAUGGUGUACACAUUGAAGAUAUGCGCACAAAUGUGGACUGACAGAAAUAAUAACACAGACGUUGAAUCUCUCCGAGCGGUGUGUCAGUAUGGUGUACAAGUAUUGUACUUAGUAGUGAGCAUUGACACAGACUGCUUGACUAAACAUGAAGGACCCUUGAUACAAAUGUGUCACAUGAUAAAACUACACUGCGAAGAAAUGUACUACAAUAUGAUAUCUGAAAUAAUCAGUACAUUUCAGUUAGCGACCGAUGAAACACCACAGAGUUACAACAAGCAGGCUUGGAUCAACAGCUUUAAGACAUUCAGUAUCAACGAAUGA